AUGAGUAAAAAGUCGGAAAUUUGGAACUUCUUCUCAGGUGAAGAAAAUAGUAAAGCAAAAUGUAACAUAUGCAAGUCUGUAUUUUCAUAUAGAACAUCGGUUACAAAUUUAAAAGCACAUAUCACUCGAAAACAUCCAUCUGUUAGACUAUGCCAAUUGGAACGUGGUUAUAACAGACAAGAGAAACAUGAGCAACAAAAAAUUCCUCAAAUCUUCGGAGGUUCUUCAACUCAUAUCGAAGGUACACGUGAUAUCGAUGUAAUCCCUGCGACCGUCAUUACUGACUCGUCAUUACCAUCAACUUCCAGGGCUUCAUCUUCAUCAUCAGGCAUAAUUGAUUCGUCCCGCUCUGAAGUUAGAAGAAUACAACAGCAGGUCUUGUCCGGAUACGCCCCAAAGAGGAUUUCAAUGACUCAACAGAAAAAAUUGGAUCAGCUUUUAUUGAAUCUUAUAAUCAAAGAUUUCCAACCAUUUUCCAUGGUCGAAGAUAACGGCUUUAAAGAUUUUAUAUUAACUUUAAAUCCCGCAGACAAAUUGCCUACAAGAAAAACGUUAAGCAAUGUUCUUCUUCCAGCAGUGUUUGAAGAAGUUCGCCUUAAAGUUUCAGAUGUUUUAAAGGAAGUCGUAUCAAUAACAAUUACAACAGACUGCCGGACGUCUCGCAACACAGAUAGUGUAAUGGCAGUAACAGGGCAUUUUAUUGAUAAUAAAUUUCAAAUUAAAUCUGUUCUUUUAGAAUGUGUUUGGUAUGAGGGAGGUCAUGGAAGUAAAAAUUUAGCAGAUAAUCUAAGUAAAGUUAUUUCAAACUGGAAUAUAUCAGAAGAGAGUGUUUUGCUUGGUAUUUCAGAUAACGCUGCCAAUAUUAAAAAAGCUAUCUCUUCAGACUUAAAAUGGAGACAUUUUGGUUGUUAUGCACAUACCCUAAAUUUAAUAGUGGGCGAUGCAUUGAAACUGAUCCAAGAAGUAACAUUAAAUAAAGUCAGUAAAAUUGUGACACAUUUCAAACAAAGUGCAAAUGCUAAAAGCAAAUUAGAUAAUGUUCAGCGGCAGCAAGGUAAGGAACCCAAGAAACUUAAAAAAGAUAUAGUUACUAGAUGGAACUCCACGUAUUUAAUGUUAGAAAGAUUUGUAGAGUUGGAGAAAGCUAUCAGAACAGCAUUAGCAUUAAUGGAUUCAGUCUCCCUACCGGUAAUACCUACAGAAGAGUGGACAUUCAUUAAAGAAUUAAUAAUUAUCUUGAAACCGUUUUAUGAUAUAACGGAAUUAAUGUCCGCUGAAAAGUACGUAACAUUAUCACUAGUAAUUGUUAUUACAAACGGAUUGAAAAAUGUUUGCAAUGAUAUGUUGAGCAGCAAUCAAUUUUCUAAUGAUAUAAGUAAACGUGUUAUUGAAAAACUUAUAGAAAGUAUAACCUCCAGGCUAGGCGAUUUGGAAUCUAAGAGUACAUUGAUAGUAUCCACUUUUUUAGAUCCAAGAUUUAAAAAUGCGUGUUUUAUUAAACCUGGAACUUUUGAUAAGGCCAAGGAAAUUGUUAUUGGUUUAGUAGCUCAAAAUAUAAAAGUUAAUUCCACAUCAAAUGAAGAUGUAAUGAUGGAAGUAGAUUCUGCUAAUACAUCCAGAACAUUAGAGUCCGAAACCGAAAAGCCAUUGUUCGAUAUAUGGAAACAAUUAAAUAAGUCAGUUUCAUCUCAACCCAAAUUAAAUCAAAGACCGCAAGCACGUGCCAUCGUAGAAGUUAACCGUUAUUUGGAAGAAGAAAUGAUACAUAGGAAUGAGGAUGCUCUCAAAUGGUGGGCAAAUAAUGCUUCUGUUUUUCCAAAUUUAAGCCAUGUUGUUCGAAGCAGGUUUGGUACGGUUUCAACUUCAGUUGGAUGUGAACGUGUUUUUUCAAAAACCGGAAUUAUUAUUUCAGAUAGAAGAAGUCGUAUCAGUUUAGAGAAAGUUAAAAAAAUAAUGUUUUUAAAUGUAAAUCAAAAAUUAUUUUAG